AUGACAUGCCAGGUUGUAGUAGGUGUAUUUGAUAGAUCUACUUGUCAGGAUCAUGAGUUUGAUGAACUGGAGCCUCUGUGUGUGAUUCCUCCUGCUGAUGCACCUGAUGAUGCACCUGAUGAUGCACCUGAUGAUGCACCUGUUGAUGCAGCUGAUGAUGCACCUGAUGAUGCAGCAGUUUUAGGCACUCAUGGCAGUCGUAAAGCACCCACUAGAUGUCCCACUCAGCCUAUAGUCAGGCCAGCUGCUGCUCAUGAAAAUUCAGAGGCAGCGGAUGAGGUAGAGUGUGAUAGAGAACCAGAUAUUUUUGACAACGAAGAAGAAUAUGUGGGACUUGGCAAGGUGGAUGAUGCUGAUCCUGACGAGGUCACUGUAUUGCAUGAUCCUGAGAAUCCCAAAAUUGUGAAAGGGGAGCUGUUUCCUGAUAUCAUUGCAUUUAGGAAAGCCAUAAGACAUUAUGCUGUGAAGACUGGAUUUGAGUUUGCUACUGCUGGUUACAAAAGUGACAAGUCAAGGUUCAUAGCAAAGUGUGCAGCAGAGGGAUGCCCUUGGCGCAUACAUGCUUCCACCAUUUUUGAUAAAAAAACUGUACAGAUCAAAGUGCUGCCUGCUCCCCACAAUUGUCCUACCACCAAGCUAAGAGAAGGGAAAAUGGCCAGUCAAGGCUGGUGUGCAGACAGGCUUGGAGAGUGGGUUAAGAACAACCCAACAAAGGGAGCAAAGGAUGCAAAGGACAAGUUGGAGGGUGACUUUGGAAUUAAGCUGAAGUACUCUAAAGCUUGGUCUGGUUUGAAGGUAGCCUUGGAGCAAAUUCAUGGUAAGUACGAAGAAAGCUUUCAACUUUUGUACAAUUGGGCAGCACAACUAGAAAUAAGUUCACUUGGAAGUAGAGUACAGAUAGAGGUACAGAAGGUUGGUAAGAGAAAUAGGUUCAAGAGGAUAUUUGUUGCUUUGAAGCCAUGCAUUGAUGGAUUUUUAGCUGGUUGUAGACCUUUUGUAGGAGUAGAUGCAUCUUUUCUUAAUGGAAAGUAUACUGGGCAAUUGGCUUCAGCAACAGGUGUUGAUGGGCACAACUGGUUGUAUCAUAUUGCUUUUGGGGUGUUUGACGCGGAGAAUGAGGACAAUUGGACGUGGUUCCUAGACAAUUUGCACAGUGUCAUAGGAGACCCUCCAGGUCUAGUGAUAUAUUCUGAUGCUUGUAAAGGGUUAGAGAAUGCUGUUGGGGCUGUUUUCCCCAAUGCUGAAAACAGGGAGUGUGCAAGGCACAUGUACAAAAACUUCAUGAAGUACUACACGGGAGACGUUUUCACUGAUCAUUUGUAUCCUGCUGCAAGGAACUACACAGAGGGCAUGUUCAAGUGGCAUAUGAAGAAAAUCUAUGAGUUUGCUCCUGAUGCAAUAGACUACCUGCAGCAAAAUCAUCCUAGGAUAUGGUACAGAUGUGGCUUCUCUGAGCAUAGCAAAUGUGAUUACUUAACUAAUAAUGUAUCUGAGAGCUUUAAUGCUCAGAUCAAGGAAUUCAAAGGACUUCAUCUCCAUGAGCUAGUUGACAGGAUUAGAGAGCUCAUAAUGGAGAAAAGGUACCUAAGAAAGAAGCUGGCACAGAAUUGGGGAGAUGGAAUCCUACCUGGUGUAAUGAAGGACUUGAACCUCAAAAGCAAUAACCUCAAAGUUGUUAAGGUUAAAGUCAGUGAUGUUGACUUCGCAGAGGUGACACUGCUGGAUGAUUGGAAUAACCAGAAAAGACACAUAGUUGAUCUGAAAAACAAGAAUUGUGGAUGCAGGGAAUGGCAGGUAACUGGCAAGCCAUGCAAGCAUGCCUUGGCGUGGAUACUGUCCAACAGAGGUCUGCAAAUUGCUGAUUUUGUGCAUGAAUAUUACUCAGUUGCAAAGUUCAGAGCAGCUUAUGAAGGUAGAGUUGAGGCAAUGCCAGACAGAUCCCAAUGGCCAGAAGUUGAUCUUGGAUUUAAGGUUUACCCACCUUUGCUUGGAAGAGCACCAGGAAGGCCGAAGGUUCAAAGGCAAAGGGGAUGCCUAGAGAAAAGGGCCGCCAAAAAGAGAGUCAAAUGUUCAAGGUGUCGAGGUUUUGGUCACUUUGCCAAGACAUGCAAACUUGAGAUGGUUGGAGAGGAUGGAGAAACAGCACCAACAAAAAAUAAAAGGAAGAGGACUGAAGACACAGCUGGACCAUCAUUUGUCAAAAAGAAGAAGCCAUCAAAGAGGAAGAAGACCCCUAAGAAGAGAAAACACCUGCCAAGAAGAGACAGCAAAGGGAUGCUGCUGCUCCUCCAGCCAAGGUAG